AUCAUAAUAAAUGGUCGAAACACUUAUACUUUAAAUGGCACCGCUGCUACCAAUAGUCGAGUGGCCGAUUUAUUUCGAUCAGUGGGGCUCAACGUUAAUAAUCCGCAUUUUCUUAUAAUGCAAGGUCGUAUUACUAAAGUUUUGAAUACGAAGCCUAUGGAGAUACUGGGAAUGAUUGAAGAAGCCGCUGGUACACGUAUGUAUGAAGCGAAAAAACAAAGUGCUUUACGAACCGUCGAAAAAAAAGAAGGCAAAAUGGCUGAAAUCAAGCAGGUGAUGGAAGAAGAUAUACUUCCAAAGGUGGAAAAACUAAAGCGAGAUCGCUGUGAUUAUUUGGAAUAUCAGCGAAUCGAUCGUGAAGUGGAACUUUGGAACGAAAAUUAG